GACCCCGCGAACGUGCUCAGGCUUGGAAAGGCACGUCUGUGGGUGUGAGAGACUGAGCCACAGCCUUUGGUGACUAAGAGGAAGCCAGGUCGGGGUGUUCCAUGACACACACUCGGAGGAAGUCCCUUCCCAUGCUGAGUUCAGGGCCCACGGGCCGCAAGGCGCCGCUGCCCAUUGACGGCAGCAAUAUGGAGCAGGGGGCUGAGGCUGUGGAGCCAGGCAUGCCUGAGAGCCCCAGGCACCUCCCCGGGCGCCGCAAGAACUACCCACUGCGAAAGCGCCCGCUGGUUCCUGAGAAGCCCAAGACCUGCAAAGUGCUGCUGACCCGCCUGGAGAGUGUGGCGGGUCCUCGGAGCGCAGAUGAGGCCGACGAGCUGCCCCCUGACCUGCCCAAGCCCCCCAGCCCGGCCCCAUCCAGUGAGGACACUGGCCUUGCCCAGCCUCGCAAACGGCGCCUGGCCUCCCUCAACGCUGAGGCCCUCAACAACCUGCUGCUGGAGCGGGAGGACACCAGCAGCCUGGGGGGUGCCCGCCGCAGCCGAGGGGGAGAGCCGCACCGCAACCGAGACCGGGCUACUGGGGGCUGGUCCUCCAAGAAGCGACCCCGGCUAGGUGACCUCGGAGGAGGAAGUCGAGACCUGUCCCCAGAGCCAGCACCUGAUGAAGGUGCCCGUCGGGAUGGUGACUCGGCUCCCAAGAGACUGGCCAGCCUAAACGCAGCCGCUUUUCUGAAGUUGAGCCAGGAGCGGGAGCUGCCCCUGCGCCCACCUCGUGCCCACCCUGAAGCAGAUGGGCGCUCCGCUGAGCUCCCAGCUCCCAAGGCUCUACGGCCAAAGUGGGCCAAGGCCCACAGUGUCAAGACCUUUCCCAAGGCCCAUCAGGGACCCAGCUCUGGAGAGGCCACAGGCCCACCUAGCUGGCAAGAGUGCCCUGAAGGGCCACAAUCAUCUGCCACCCCGAAUGGGCCAUCCAUCCAAUCACUGUACCAGCCUCUGAGCAAGGCCCUGGAGAGCCCCUUGGGCCUGCGCCCCCGCCUACCACUGCUUAUGGGUGGCCAGGCAGCCCUGAAGCCGGAGCCUGGGCGCCCAGGUGAAGAGUCACCUGCCCCCAAGCAGGAACUGCACCAGCCUUCUUUCCCUGCACCCCAGUUGUCCCCCCUGCCCAUGCCUGGCAACCCCGCUGACUUCAGUGGCGUGUGUGGUGGGCCUGAGCUCUGUGCUCUCGGUAGCUUCUAUCUAUACUGUGGCCAAGACGGGCUGCAGUGCGGGGGCUACUCCUCCUGUUCCAUGCUACCUGAGGACAAGCUGUCCCCAGCGGCGGCACAAAGUGAGGGGCUCCUCUUGUCCCCAAGGUCCGUGCCGGUGGGCACCCCUUUCCAGCAUCCACCCUGGGGCUCUUCUCGAUACUGCUCCAGUGAGAACUCUGGAGUGAGAGGCAGCUACAGCCUCUGUGGAGUGUUGCCCCUGCCACUGCCCCAUGUUGGCACUACCUGUGGCGGCUUUCCCUACAAGAUGCCUUUUACAGCAGCCCGACCCCUCUCUCCUUUCCCAGAAGGCUGCAGGUCCCUGGGCCAGCUGGAAUUUCCUCGCCUGGAAGCUGGCCACCCAGCCUCACCUGCUCACCCCCUCUUGGGAUGCCCUGUGCCCAGUGUGCCACCUGCAGCAGAGCCCGUUCCCCAUCUUCAGACGCCCACCUCGGAGCCCCAAACUGUAGCCCGUGCGUGCCCUCAGAGCGCCAAGCCUCCCAGCGGUUCCAAGUCCGGCCUGCGCACGGGCUCUGGCUGCAGGCACACUGUGAGGAGCAAGGCCGCCCGCAGGCCCAGCCACCCCAAGCAGUCACGGGUCCAGCGCCCCCGUCCCCGCCGCCGUCGCCGCCGCCGCACUAAUGGCUGGGUGCCUGUUGGGGCCGCCUGUGAGAAGGCUGUCUAUGUCUUGGAUGAACCGGAACCGGCUAUCCGCAAAAGCUACCAGGCAGUGGAACGGCACGGAGAGAUGAUCCGCGUGCGGGACACGGUCCUCCUCAAGUCAGGGCCCCGGAAGACGUCCACCCCUUACGUGGCCAAGAUCUCUGCUCUCUGGGAGAACCCGGAAUCAGGAGAGCUGAUGAUGAGUCUCCUGUGGUAUUACAGACCUGAGCACUUACAGGGAGGCCGAAGUCCCAGCAUGCACGAGUCGUUGCAGAAUGAAGUGUUCGCAUCUCGACAUCAGGACCAGAACAGUGUGGCCUGCAUCGAGGAGAAGUGCUACGUGCUGACCUUUGCUGAGUACUGCAGAUUCUGUGCCAUGGCCAAGCGCCGAGGCGAGGGUCUCCCCAGCCGGAAGACAGCGCUGGUACCCCCCUCCUCGGACUACUCCACCCCGCCACACCGCACAGUGCCCGAGGACACGGACCCUGAGCUGGUGUUCCUCUGCCGCCAUGUCUAUGACUUCCGCCAUGGCCGCAUCCUCAAGAACCCCCAGUAGCCGCCUCCUGCCCAGCUGGGGCCAGCGGGCUCGGGGCAGGGCCACUGCCUGAAGCACAGCACUUGGUGUAGGAGCCACAGGGGCCUGAAGUUGCUGACUUGUGCUCCUCUUGGGGUGGGGGUAAGGGGCCAGGGGCCCCGCCCAAUGUUGGGCCCUGUGAAUUGGGAGGGGAAGCCAGGGUUGAAGCAAAGCACGGGGAUCCUCAGCCUGGCCCCUAAGGAGAAGCCAUCUUCUCCCCAGCUGGGUUGGGCCUGCAGCCUCCCCCAAGGUCCCUCCCAGGAGGAGUGGAAGCCGGCUUUACCUCACCCACUGUGACACGCUGCUUCCCCGCCAGCCGGGGACCAGGCCCUCUCAGACCCUGGCAUAGCUCUGGGCUACUUCCUCUGAGGCCCAGAGAGCCACCAGCUGGGUCCCUCUUCCUGGGCUGGGGUUGCUCCCUGGCUCUCCUCGUGUGCCCCCGAAGCAGCCCCUGGUGCUGGGACAAGUCGACCGGGCCCUCAGUCACGGGGUGGCCCACCGGUUAGAGCCACCCUCCUGCUCCCCUCCCCCAGAGGGCCUCCCCAGCAGAUCUGGCUUCCCAGACACUACCUGAUUAACUUGGAGUAUGGGAGAUCAGAUGGGGGCUGGGGAGGGGAGGGGGACAGGGGCAAGGAAAAUUGCUACUGCUACCUGAUUUGUUGACGACUUUUCCUCUUGCCUUACACUUUGAGGUUCUAGGAAGCCUCUUGCAGAAGUUCACACAUGACUCUUCAAGCCACACCCCCCCAAAAUCAAACCAAAGGAGUGCUGUGGCCCCCUCUGCCCUGCCAGCCCAGACCCUAGUCUUUUGUAGAUUGCACUAAUUCCAUCCCAGCGAGAAUCACACUGUAUCAGUCUGCAGACCUGCUGAGCUGCAGCCUCUCACUCGGGGAGCCUUCCAGUUGGUUCCCGUCUCCCAGGGCCCCUGUUCUCACCUCAUACUGCUCCCCCAAAUAGGUUGGCCAUUGACAUCCUGGCUCUGGGCCUAGGGCUCUUUGAAAGGGGGGCUGGAGAGUCCUAGGUAUUCUCUAUUUGUACCAAAGAGGAGCAUGGGUAAGACCCAG